AUGGAAGAGGUCGCGAUGUGCGUCGUGACGACUGACACGGGCCAUGUGCUGGUCAACUGGGCUCCGCAAGACACGCCCAUCAGUGCCCCCCACCUCGGCUCGCUCGCGGCCACGUUGCAACAGUUCUCGCAUGGGCAGAGCUUGUCGGUGCUUCAGUACGACGUGUACUCCAUCGUCGUCGCGAGGUCACCGUUGGUUCCCGUGCUCUGUUGCUUGGUAAGCACGUCAUCCACGAACCUGGCCGCCGUGAAGUUGGUCGGCAGUUUUAUCCUUCACGAAUGUUUCGAUCGUCACAGUGCCAUCAUCAUGUCUAUCGUACAGCAAGCCAACGACGAAGCUGAAUCGAUGGCCCAUGCGUACACCCUCACAACUGCCUUACUCGGCCAGUCCUCUCACGAAACCCACAAUGACCUGAUGGCAUUCCAAUCGACCUGCAUCAUUCCGUGCCUCGCAAACGAUCUCAACCAUAAGAUUGCACAAGCUCUAUCCGAUGCCAACCUAUCUCGAAGCGUUCGCGCCGUCUGGAUAUAUCACAUUGACUCGCCCGAACCUGCAUUUCAAUGGACCCCUCCCAACGCCGCAUCCGUUGCGUUAGCGCCAUGGCUGCCGCACGUCACCCACACGUUUCAUCAGCAUUUGACCGCUCGAGCACGUCUCGAUCAAAGGCAACUCACACUGCAACCACUAGACGAGCCGAUGGACACAGAUGUCGCCGACCCCUCGUUCAUUGCUCUCAACCUUCUAAACCUGGACGGGUUUUGCGUCGCCGUGUUGUACUCGGCCGACGCAAGCCUGGCCACGUCGCCGUCUGGCUCACUCACGAGUUGCGAUCCUUGCAAUCCCCUUUGUGAUGGCAGUGGAACGCUCGUUGUCGCCGACAUACCGUGGCUGUUUCGCCUGAAUGUCUCGGACCCCGCGCCCCACGCGGCCGUUCAGGCGGUCCUGAAAGUGUUGUCCCUAUCAUAAAGUCGUCCCUCA